CCUUCCGCCGCCAGCACCACCACCUGCAGGUGACAAGAAAAUGGGAGCAUGCGCCGGACUUGGCAGCCUGGCUGCAGCAGCUGCGUGCCAGGUGGCAAGAUGGGCAGCUGCUGUCCUCUCAGAUCAGCCAGCUGUUGGCACUGGGCGUAGAGCCCUUGUCUGCGAGGUGCCAAUGAUUGGCGCUGUAUUUGCAAAUUGUGCUAUGUAUGAGUCGCUCUGCGUCUUUCCUUCUUUUGUGGCCAGUGCAAGGAUAUUUCCGUUGGAAUGACGAGUAGAUAAUAAAGAGGACUGUGGGAAGAGUGUAAGCGAGGAACAAGAAUAUUGCUUGAACCCUGAGCUUUGGCUGGCAGCAUUGUAUGGUUGCAUCGCAAUUUUGGCUGGAUUCAGCCAUGCGGAUUAUAUUGAAGUAAUGCGGGAAUUGGUAAUUGCUGAGCAUGUAACUGACAUUUGUGCCGC